AAGAUUAAGAGCUGAAACGCGUUUAUGAUAUAGACAAAAUACAAGAGCUGUCAGCAAAGACAAUGAUUGAACUGUAAUUACUAUUUAGUAAGCUUUCAGAACAAGGAAGUGGAGUGUAUAGCUCUGACAGCCUUAAAGAAACAAAGAUAAAAUAAAUGCAGACCCAAAGAACAAGGAAGCUCAUAAAAUAUUUUUAACGUGUAAGACUGACCGGAAGAUGCAGUUUUUCCUAAAAACAAAACUAUUAUUAUAAUUCGUAAAGUAAACAUAAGAGUGCAUUUUUUGUUCUGUUUGUGUUAAUCCUGGCUUUGGGUGGGAUUUACCCGUACAGAAUCCAACAAUUUACAUUUAAAUGUCAUAGAAAUCCCGUAAGUAGGAUUAUUUGCAGACCUGGAAACUGAAAAUUGCAGAGGUGCAAGUUUCGGUUUCGUAAGGUUAUUGUAUUACUGACACAGUCGACUUCAAGGGUAUUCCACGACUGUAGUCUAAUUACACAUUCUAGGAAGUAACAUGAUUCCUUGAAGCUGAAGCCGAGGCUUAUUUAAGUGUUUAAGAGGUCGCUUACAGUUAAUUCAGUUCAGCUUUCCAUCGCCUCAACAUGUUUAGUACAGUGUUGUGCUUCUUUUUGUUCCUUUCACAUUUGAAUGCAGUGAUGGCCUUCAUCUGUAACGACAACAACUGCGAGGACUGCGUAAACUCGCGCUUCUUUGGAAUUCGCUGUAGAUGGUGUAGGAGGGAUAACGAAUGCUAUAUGCCUGGUGCUGUGCUCACUAAUCCUUGCAGCCGAGCGGAAAAUAUUGUGAAGAGAUCUCACUGUGCAGACAAAUUGUCACGUUACGAUACUGGAUUAUCGAUGAAGAUGUUGCUUCUUUCAGCAGUAGCAUACGACCCAGAACAUCCUCAACAAUGCCUUGAUAAUGCUCUCCCAUCUGACAAGUUCAAACUUAAGAGAGUGGUUACAAAGAAUUGUGGCUUCGCCCGUCAGAACUGUUCUGGUUAUGUUGCUGUUUCGCAUUCCAUGAACGCUGUUGUGGUCGCUUUUCGUGGCUCUGAGAAUUUCGAUCAAGCGAUUCAAACAUUUGUUGAAACCCUGCUUACCCCAAAGACACAAUUUCUAAACGGUGAGGUGCAGAUCUCGUGGAAGAGAGGUUUUGAUGCGUUAUGGCCGAGCAUGAGGACGGAAGUGAACACUCUCGUUUCGCAGAAUCCAUCGUAUCAGAUCUGGGUCACAGGACAUUCCUUAGGAGGAGCAAUGGCUUCUUUGGCAAGUACUUGGCUCGCUUAUCACAACAUAGCACCUCGUAAGAACAUCAUCUUGUACACGUUUGGCAUGCCUCGGGUUGGUAACUACGACUAUGCUCUGCAACACGAUCAACUGGUCAACAACAGUUGGAGGGUUGUUAAUGACAAUGAUUUGGUUCCUCAUUUCCCCAGUGUAGUUUCUGUGAGCAUUUUAAACGGUCCUUAUCAUCACGGAAAGGAAGUUUUCUACAGCCCGGAAGCCACCAGCGUGUAUUCCCCACACAAAGAAUGUCACGGCAGACCGUACAACGAAGAUGCUACAUGCAGCUUCUCCAAAGGGAUCGCAUCCGAUUCUAUCGAGAAACACAAAACAUACUUCAGCAUUCCUGUCGGAACAUUCUGGGAAACAGACUGUGUACCCCAAACACGCAAGAGGCGCUAAGAAUCAUCAAGAGAUUUCCAGAAACAGCCUUUCAGAGAAGCUUAAAUACAUCGCUCAAAGCUUGUAUUGGGAAUGGGCAUUCUCACGUAUUAUUACCAACUUAUUUACUUUCUUUGUGGAUGAAUAAGCAAACCAAGUUGUUUGCUUUAUUGUAGAACUAAUAACAUCUUAUUUUAGUUUUCGUUCCGUUGUUUUGAGUAUAAAUUAGCAUUUGCGCACCAGGCCAAUUGGAGCGGGAACGUCAAUGUUUAGAUGCUAGUGUUCGUAAGGUGUUUGUUGUUUUAUGAUUUUAACCAAAAGAUUGUUGACAUGUGCUUAAGGGCAGUUUUCUCUACGUUGAAUAGCGUCAUUGCAUUUGCGAAUGAGCUUUUAAUUAGUGUUUUUAAUCCAUCAGCUCAGUAGCGGAUCUAUUGAUCAUUUAAUUCACAUUUUUCCGCGGCUAGUGACAUUUCCUUGUUGUUAUGUUGAAUCAAUAAUGAUAAUUGUCAAGUUAUGACAGCUCUUGAGAAGCUCGAAUAAAAAAACGUUGACAAGCUAGCA